AUGGAAAACAGAAGGACUGAAAGUAUUGUUCCCGAGAGUGAACCAGAAGAGGAUACAGAAGUUGAAUCGGAAGUAAUGAAAAAUGUGGAUGAUCCUGAUGUCAGUGUAGUCGACUCGGAAGUAGAGACACCAAAAUCCCAAAAACGAAAGUUAUUAAAAAAACCGAAAAUGUCUUUUGAAGAUAAUUUAUUAAAGUUGUUGGAAACUAGAAAAGUUGAAGAUCCAGUAUCUUCUUUUCUUAUGUCGUCAUACAAAAAGUUACAAAAAGUCCUAGCCAAAAUACACACAUUACUCCGGCAAUCAAUAAUGUUAAUUCAUGGUCCAUACAACCUCCUAUCUCAACUUUCUAUGACCGUUCUUAUGACGCAUAUUCGACUGCAACAAACCAUCGUCAACAUAACACUGCCUUCAUCCCCAUCAACUUCAUUAGGACUAGGUGCUUACCAAUCGCCAUCGGCUGCUGCCAUGCCUCAGUUAUACUAUAAUCCAAAUUCAACUCAAACAGUAACUGCUCCUGUUUCUACAUCGACAACACUCUUCACUUAUUCAAGCCUGAAUACUGACGAAUACCAUAACAGUAAAUAG